AUGAAGGUUUUCAGCAACGCCGUCACCUACAACUACUCGUGGGACGAGGUAUCCACAGCCAACUGGCAAAAGUACGGCCCCUGGAACAACAAAUCCGAGCAUGUCGUGGCCGUCGACACCCUCGCUCGCUCUGUCGAUCCUGCUACCGGCAUCCUGCGAACCGAGCGAUUGAUUACCUGCAAGCAGUCUGCUCCCGAAUGGAUGAAGUCCCUCAUGGGCGGCUCCAUGGAUGAUCACUUCGUAUACGAGGCCUCCUAUGUCGACCCUGCAAACAAGACCCUCACCAUGGUGAGCCAGAACCUGACCUGGAACAACCUGGUUAGCGUACAAGAGGAGGUGGUCUAUAGCCCCCUCACCGACCAUCAGACCCAGUUUAUCCAGAGCGCCCGCAUCACCGCCCUUUGUGGCGGCUGGCAGCGCAUCAAGAACAGCAUCGAAGAUACCCUGGUAAAUCGCUUCCGCGAGAACGCCGCCAAGGGCAAGGAGGGCUUCGAGCGUGUUCUCGAGAUGAGCCGAAUCGUUUUCGCCGAGGAGAAGGCUCGGCAACACCGGGAGACGAUGCUGGUACAGUGA